AUGUCUCGUCUUUUUCAGAUUCCCGAAUGUCUUCGACUAAUUUUCGUUCAUCUUGAGCAUGAUCGUUCAUCACUACAUUCUUGCAUUUUAGUUAACCGCUUGUGGUGCAUGCAUUGUAUCGAUUUUUUAUGGAGGCAGCCAUUUCAUAUAUUGUAUACUUGCAACAAAGAACUAUGCAAUUGCUCUCUGCUAAAGAGAUAUUCACAGGCCAGCAAUUUACUUAAAACGAUUCUAUCAUGUCUCAUUCGGCUGAAUCCCGCCUUAAUGCAAAAAGAGAUUAUAUCAACUUCACAGUCGAUGCCGUUGUUUAACUAUGUUAGAUACAUGAAAAGUUUAGAAUUUCACGAGUUAAAUAUGGCCAUUCAAGAUUGGUGGUUGGAUUACAAAGCUUUCGCUCGAAGAGAUCCGCCAAAGGCUAUGGAUUAUUUGAAUCAAAUUAAUGUUUGUCGACGUGAUUCGCCAAUACCGAAAAUUCGGGGAUCGACUGGAAGGAAAGAUAUUAUUAGUGAUGGGUCGGAAUGUAAAAGAUACGUGACAAAGGAUUGUUUUGCGAUUAUACUUUUUCUCAACACCGAAUCCGAGUCAUUAUCAGAUCACGGUCCAAGAUUAACCUCGCAAGAUCCUAUCGAAUUUAAUAUGCAAGUUCCUUCUUUCGACUUGAGCCUCAAUCCAAAAAUAACAUGCGAUCGCCCUGCUCCAGAGAACCUUUGCCGAAGGAUGGCGCAGGUCAUGUGCAAAACCUUUAUGAGCGGUAGUCGCUCAAUCGAACAAAUUUCCUUUGACUCGAGAUUCGCAGCCAAGAGUUUCGGUCAACAAGAUAGUUGUUAUUCCAACUUGUAUUGGCAUAGAAAUUCAGGAUACCGGAAUUCAUUUUUUGAUGAUUAUCUCACCUUUUCAAACUAUCCUGGUUCCAGUGUAUGCCUUGCAAGGUUGACAAAACUG